ACUAUCCUUCUCUGCAUAAUCGUUCCCCUUUUUCAUUUUCAAUUCUGCAUUUGCUUAAAUUUUCUAAAAUUCUAUGAAGCGAAAUGCUCCAGCUUGAAGAACAGCACAUCGAAUCGACUUCACAUCAGUUUCAGGUAAAAAUGGUUUCAUUGAGAGAACUCACAGAGCAACGAGGUAACCAGGGCAGAGAGGGAGAAGAGGAAGGGGUUUUGUCAGUGGAGCCUAUCACGAUGAUAGUGCCGCCGGAGUUGCAGGAUGUGCUGGAAACAAUGGCGUCUGAGAGCAGCGCCAGUUCCAGCGCCAACGACAACGGUGGCGACUACCCUAAUGCAUUGUCAAGCAGCUCGUCUGCUGAAGAGACACCCAGCCGUGAGGAGGGGAUGGGGGAUGUGGUGAGCAAUGUCUCAGAUCGACCAGCGAUUGGGGAAUGGGAAGGAGCGACGAUCCCGGGCAGGUUGAGCAACCUGCGAAAAGCACCGAAGGACUUGCCCGUUGGAUUCAGAUUCAAGGCUGCGCUUCACCACGAAGUAGCAUAUUGUGCGCCCUCCAUAAGCGGGCAGAAUGAAAGGGCGUGCACAGUGUCGCAGACGGGCUGGAUACCGGUGUACAUGGACCACUUUGAUGCAGGCCUGCGGUUUCCCUUGCCCAGCCUGAUAUUCGAUCUGCUCGCGGAUUACGAGCUGGCGCUGACACAAUUAACGCCCAACAGCAUAAGGUUCGUCAUAGGCUUUAUGCUGUUGUGCACGAGAUUGGAGGUACCAGCGAAAGCGAUAGUGUUCAGGUCGCUAUUCCAGUGCCGGUUGUGCCCGAACUCACGAGGAGCGAAGUGGUACUACCUCUCUGGGAGGGAUAAGAGCCAGCUCUUCAAAAAUGUGAGGAAUAAGGUGGUGAGGUGGAAGAGACAGUUUAUUUUUGUUCGUGACACCCGAGCAAAAAGGAUAAGCAACGACCUCGCUGCCCGGCUGUCUGAGUGGCGCACCCCCAACGCUCAUAUCAAUUAUCCUCAGCUACUGCCUCGGGAUGUCGAUUUGAAGAACCAGCUGCUUGAGUAUGUGCAGAGGGAGGGUCUAAUAGAUCUAGAAGCCCUGGUUACCUCGGGUGCUCUCGCCGUGCUAGGGUUUGUCGAUGUGACAAACCUGUUCAGCGAAGGAGACAUGAGCAGUAUCUUGGAACGCCAACGACAGCGAGCCCAAGGCUCACGAGGUCGUGCGUCGCGUAGCGCGCAACCCCGUCAGACAAGGUUCGACGAGCGGCCACCCCCGGCGCCUCAAUCACGUAGCUCGUCCCACCGGGGAUCCAGUUCGUCGUCAAGGCCACGAGCGGACCACAGAGCUGAGGCAGCGGCUCUUGGCGCGCGCAGACGUGCACGCGAGGAGACAGAGAGCGAGGAGGAUGAGGUCCCCCUUGCUAGGCCAAUGGAGCCCGCCUCUGCAUCGGCCUCGAUGUCCAGACCGAGGAUCGCUUAUCCUGAGGGCUUCAGCUAUGUGCGGGCAGAGUGUCAGCCCGCCAUGGUGCAAGCCAUGCAUAACUUUGUGCCCCCUAUGGAUAACAAGCGGGCCAAAGCUUUUGUGCAGCAGCAUGGCGGCCAGGUCGCCAUGAUAAAACUUAUGGAUGUAAGCGGCUCGUACACAGAACAGCGAGCUCGGUUCCAAGUGCAAAAACUGGCUGCUGAGAAGGCCAGCCUUGUGGACGAUGUGAAUCGUCUGCAAGGCUCUGAAAUGGCGAACCGAGCUGCGGCUGCAGAGAGCAGGGCAGAUGAGCUCGCCAACAAGAACAACGAGCUCAGGGAGGAGUUGGAGCGAGCUCGAGUUGAAAGAGAGAGCGGAAUACAAGCGGCAAGGGAUGAGGCCGCCAGGGUUGAGGUGAGGGCGAAGAAGGCUGAGGCCGACAGGGAUCGUGCUCAGCACGAGCUGAGCUCCCUUAGGCACCAGGUCGCCGAGGCGGACCGAAGCCUUGCUGCUGCCGGGGAAGCGCUGAACGAGCUAAGGGCUUCCCAUGCAUGCUCUGUCAUCAUCGCCCGUGCUCAAGGGGCGGAAUGGUUCGCUGGCUCAGCUGCGUUUCAGGACGCCGUGGCGGUGGCGUCGGCAAAUGUAACCACGGAGAUCUACAACGAGAUCCGUGGAAAAGUACUGCAACACCGCCCAGAUUUUCCAAUCCGCGAGCUGGUCUUCUUUGACGAGGAAGAGCUCGACGAGCAGGGUAAGAGCCUUGCUCCCCUCGCUGAUACAACUGUGAGGCUGAGGUGGGAUUUGAACGAGGAGGGCGUGCCCGUCUGGCCACCGUCCAUUCUAGAGGACGGGGAGGACCCAGCAGGACUACCCUCAUUCGAUGCAUGGGUAGAGGGUGCUCCUAUAGCUGAGCAGGAGCCUUCUAGCACCCCACCCAACUCUCAGCCCGCUGCUGUGCCAUCGAGCUCACCCGUAAACACGCCAACCUCUGAGCCUGCUGCCCGCUCUUCUCCAGCUCCCUCUUCUGUGACUGUUGCUGACGCAUCCAUGCCCGUCGAUCUGACGGAUGACUAGGCUUAGGACUUUUUGUUUCAUUCUUUUGUAUUUUUGUUUUGGCAUUUUUGUAUUUGAUCAAUAGAUUCAGAUCGUAUGUACUUCGAAUGUAACGUCAUUGAUGAAAUACAAAAAUGAUUUUUCUUUUGAAUCUUCAUUGCAUUUUCUGUAUAUCUUUGUUUACAACUGUUGGAUAACACCCUAAGUGAAAUAAAAGUACACACGUUAA